AUGCCUCGAAAACCUCGAGCAGCCACAAAAUCCAAAGCCGCUUCAACCGCCACAACUACUUCAACCGCCACUUCAUCUCCAACCCCUCAGAAUGCUCUCCUCUUCCCAGACGACAACGCCUUCAUCACAUGGCUAGAAGCCAACCACAGCACCACCCCCCAGGGAACAUGGAUCCUCAUCGCCAAGAAGAACACGUCCCCGCCCUCCAUUACCUACGACCAGGCCGUCGACACCGCAAUCUGCUUCGGCUGGAUCGACGGCCAGCGCAAGUCCAUCCCAGACCCCGGCACCCACUUCGCCCAGCGCUUCUCCCCGCGACGGCCCAGGAGCAUGUGGUCCGCCCGCAACGUGGCCAAGGUGGAUACGCUCGCCGCGCAGGGGAGGAUGAAGGCCGCCGGGUGGGCCGAGGUGGAUGCGGCCAAGGAGGACGGGCGCUGGGACAAGGCGUACGCAGGGCCGGCGACGAUGGAGGCGCCCCCGGAUUUCCUGGCGGUGUUGGAGGGGAACGAGGCGGCGAGGGAGUUCUGGGGCGGGCUGGGCCGGUCGGCGAGGUAUCCGUUCUUGUUUAGGAUUGAGACCGCGGUGAAGGCGGAGACGAGGGUGAAGAGGAUAGAACAGUUUGUGGAACUGUUGGGGGAGGAGAAGACGUUAUAG